AACGAUGAAGAUGCGAUGAGAGCCAUAGAUCUUAUGUAUGAUGCAGCACUAGUUUCUAGUGGGUUCACGCCUGAGAAUCCAGCAGAGCUUGGUGGGAAGAUAUAUGAGAUGAUGGGUGUUGCUCUUUCCGGGAAAUGGUCAAGCCCUGAGGUUCAGCCGCAGCAGCAGCAUAUGGCACAUUCUCACAAUGCAGAGCUCUUAGAAGCUGAAGUGGUUGAACCAGUCGAAGUGGAUGGGAAGAAAUGAACAGAAGCCUAAUAUCCUCUGGCCUGUAACGAUUCUCAGUUUCUCAUACCAUCAUAUUCUUCUUUGUUUAGUAGCAGCAGCAGCAUAAGUAGAACUCCAGAUUUUUUGCAUUUUAGCAUCAAUGGGAGCAAUGAGCCAAUGAUAUUCUCUAGCUAUGAUGGACAGAUUGAGAAUGUUGAGCUAUUAAAAUUAAUUUGUUCCUCGUUAUAAUAAUCUUAUAAUAAUCUUAUUAGCGUUGACUCCUUGAUUUGAAAGGAUAAAUCUUGUUUUGUUUUUUAAGGAAAAGUUUUGAGGCUUUACUGCACGAAAUUAAAACUAUAAGUCAACGCUCAACACAAAUCGACGGUUACCGUUACCGUCUGGUCAGGUUAAUCGUUAGUCAUUCAGAACCUGCACCUGUAGCAUCUUCUUCAAUAGAAAAAAUAAAAAAUAAAUAAAUAAGGAGCUUCCAUUGUGUCUCAGGCUUCUUCUUCUUUGGUCCUCUACGGCUCGUAAUCAUAUCUCCGAUGGGCACAUCAUCUGGAUCCAAUCUCCCUCACCAGAUGCUACCUCCACGCCAGCAACUACAAACUGAUCCCCACAUCUUUCACAAGAGAUGCAUAAACACAUCUUGCCAAAACCAACUCCCGGCUGAUGAUUGUCCCUGCGAGAUAUGUGCCAAUAGGAAAGGCUUCUGCAACCUUUGCAUGUGUGUGAUCUGUAGCAAGUUCGACUUUCAAGUCAACACAUGCCGCUGGAUUGGCUGUGAUGUGUGUUCUCAUUGGGCUCAUACGGAUUGUGCUAUUAGGGAGGGAGAGAUCUCCAAGGAAGAAAUGCUGUUCAAGUGCCGUGCGUGCAACCGUACUUCUGAGCUGUUAGGUUGGGUUAGAGAUGUGUUUCAGCACUGUGCACCAAAUUGGGAUAGGGAGGGUUUGAUGAAGGAACUCGAUUUUGUGAGUAGGAUUUUCCGUGGAGGGGAAGAUACAAGAGGCAAGAAACUGGUCUGCAAAUGUGAGGAACUUAUCAACAAGAUUAAAGGUGGCUUGGCAGAAGCAACAGCUGCCAAAUUGUUACUGAUGUUUUUCCAAGAAAGUGAAGUGGACUCUCCAAAGAGCCUUGAAAACGAGGGAAUGAUCGCACCUCAAGAUGCAUGCAACCGUAUUGCUGAAGUUGUAAAGCAAACACUGAGGAAAAUGGAGAUAGUAGGCGAGGAAAAGACGAGGAUGUACAACAAAGCGCUGUUGGGGCUUGAAGAAUGCGAGAGAGAGAUGGAAGAGAAAGCAAAGGAAGUGUCGGAGCUGAAGCUGGAGAUGGAGAAGAAGAAACAACAGAUAGAAGAGGUGGGGAGGAUCGUGAGGCUGAAAGAAGCAGAGGCAGAGAUGUUUCAGUUGAAAGCAAACCAGGCGAAAGUGGAAGCAGAGAGGUUGGAGAGGAUUGUGAAAGCGAAAAGGGAGAAGACAGAGGAGGAGUACGUGAGUAACUACUUGAAACAGAGGCUGAGGGAAGCAGAGGCAGAGAAAGAGUAUAUGUUUGAAAAGAUGAAAGAGCAAGAAAGUGGUGGUGAGGCGUUAAAAUUUAGCGAAAUGCUUCAUCGAUACGAUGCCCCGUCACGCCAAGAGUAGAUACUUAAUGCUUGUUUGUGUGUGUGUGUUUGUUGUGGAUGGGGUAUGGGUGAGAUCUCGACAUAGAGUCGAUUGGCGCUCUCCGUUUGAUGAAAUUGAUGCGAUGAAAGUGUGUGUGCAUUAAAGCUUAGUUUCUUUGGGUGUGGUGGUUGUACUUCUCCCGGUUAGGUUCUGGUGGUUGCCGUGUUUCCGGCGACGUUUUGCAAUUUGGGAAGACGGUGGUGUCUCCUUCCAGCACGUGGCCUUCGUUCUCGUGCUUUGAACACGUGGUAGAAAUGUGACUGUUUCUUCCUUUGAUAUGAGUGAACUUGGGCUAUUGUUGGGCUUCGCUUUUUCGGUUUAUGCUGUGGACUUGCAUGCCUUAUGAAUGCCCU